UUCGGAAGGGAUCGAGCUGGCGGACGCCAUGCGGAGCCGCGCGGAGGUGGACGCUACGUUGCAGACAGCCAAACUGAACCCGGCAGAGCUGCUGCCGGUCGUGCACUGCCUCAGCUUCGGCCCGCAGGCCGGCGCCGGCGACUGCUGCCUGCUGCAGCUGGAGCCGGGCCUCAGCGACCAGCUGGAGGCGGGAUGCAGCCUAGUAAUCCGUGGUGAAAAGCAUGAGCAAGUAGUGUUGUGCAGCAAAGAUAAAACUUAUGACAUGAAAAUAGCAGAUACCUCAAAUAUGCUGCUGUUUAUUCCUGGCUGCAAGACUCCGGAACAGCUGAAGGCAGAUCAAGCAUCUUGUAAUGUUAUUCAUUCACAGAUUGCUGGUUUCUCCAAGAACUACUGGGAAUUAAGGAGAUGUCGACCAAAACUGAAGAAGCUGAGGAAGCUUUUAAUGGAAGACCCAUAUGAAGGGCCAGACAGUCGGAAAGAUCAGACUUCGACAUUUUCAAAGUAUACAACGGAAGAUUUGUUAAGUCUGAUUCAAGCAAGUGAAGAAGAAAUACUGCACCAAUUGCAGGUUAUAGAUGCCUGUAAAAUUGAAGGAUAUUGGAGAAUUCUAGAAUUUGACUAUGAAAUGAAACUUUUGAAUCAUGUGACACAGCUAAUUGACUCUGAGUCCUGGUCUUUAAGUAAGGUUCCUUUGCAUACCUGCCUUGAAGAACUUGGAUCUUUAGAACCCAGAGAGAUGAUAGAACAUAUUCUUUUAAGCUAUGGAAGGAAAUACACUGAUGAUGCAGGAGAGGUUUACUUUGAAAUGCAGGAAGAUAAAAUAUGCAGAGCUACAGCACAAAUGCUUUUGCAAAAUGCAGUUAAAUUCAAUUUAUCUGAGUUUCAAGAAGUCUGGCAACAAAGUGUCCCUGAAGGGAUGACAACAAGGCUUGAUCAACUUAAGGGCUUGGCUCUUGUGGAUAAAAGUUCAAAACCAGAGACUAUCUUCCUGCUCAAAGUAGAAGACUUACCUGAAGACAAUCAGGAAAGAUUCAACAGCUUAUUCAGCAUACGGGAAAAGUGGACAGAAGUGGAUAUUGCCCCUUACAUACAAGACCUGUGUACUGAGAAGCAGACAGUUGGUACUCUUCUGACAAAAUAUGCUCGUUCCUCAACACAAAAUGGUGUCAAAGUUUAUAAUUCUAGAAGACCCAUCUCAUAACAAGUUUUGUUUCAAGAACAGAGACUGCUGAAUGGAAAAUCAGUGGAUAUUGCUUGUUGCUGCCUUCUGGGGAAAGUUGUCAGCUGGUAUUCUACAGUGUUCUUAGAGUUUAAGAAGCUAAGAUUCCUGAGCAAGUUGUUUUCUGCUAAGUGGAAUGUGAGGGCACUUGCCUCUUCUAAGAAACUAGUGUCAGCAGCCCAUGCCCACCUUCCUUUUCCUCUGUCUGUAGUUGUACCAAGAGUCAAGGUACUUCUUGAAUACAUUUCAGCUGUCUAUCUAUAAAUUGCGGUCUAACAUUAAAGAUUUAAACCUCCUUGAUAAUAAUUGAAUGGAUUUGAACAAGAAAAUUGAAUGCUUAGUCAUUUGCCCAUUAGUGAACAUUCCUAAAGGUUUUGACCCUGUUACGACAUUUUGAACACUGCAGACUUAGACAAGCUCAUGAUAAAUUUGUCCUUGACUGAGAGAGACUACACCAGUCUUAAGUCUGGGAGGUGGUUCUUUUGUUGGUCAUGUCUGUGAAUAACAUUGGCACAAGCUCCUGACACUUCACCACAUAGCAGAACUGCCUUUUAAAUAUUAUGAAUACUGCAAUCAAGUGGGAAGAUACAGAACACCACAUCUAAAUGUUCUCUCAUAAACUACCAGUAGAAUGUAGCUGAGGUAAAGAUUGUUUUACAGAAGACUACCUUUGCUUUUUAAAGAGAACUUAACAAACAUAUGAUUGUAAUGACAAAUAAUUACACACAGAAACUGUGCCUUGAAAACUUAGGGCAGAGUACUACUUUAUAUCAAGCAAGGAAGCAGGAGCUUUUAUAUUGUUGCAAAGUGGAGUGCCUAAAAUGGACA